GUUCGUUCCACUCAACUUCGUCUGUGGGAGGAGGGGGAGCGGGAAAGACAAAGAAAAGUACCUUUUAGCGAAUGAUUGUUUCGAAUUUCAUGAACUUCAUAAAUUUCAUCCCCCGAACACGGGAUGUUGAUUCGGCAUUCUUCAAUUACCGACUUCAACUCCCACCACACCGUUCCAUCCCGAGCAUCGAUGCCGGUGCACCCCGCUGUCAGGGGAGUCUUGGUUCCGUGUCCCGUUUUUCGAAUUCCUAAGGUCCGUUUCUGGCCUUAGCUCCGUGGUUAUCAAGCUUCUUGUCCUGCCUGUUUGACUUUAGCCGCUUUGUCGAUCCCACGUUGGGAAAGUCACUGGACCCCCGGACUCUGACAAAGAUUGUGAUACUCAAGACGCUUUAAAAGGCAGGCACCAAGAAAACAAACUCUGGUUAGGUCUAUAUUAUUCGAUUUAAUAUAAACUGAUUUAUAUGCACCAAGUGUCCUAUCCAAGGAGCAGUUCCCCGGAUCAAGGCUGUGUGUCUCGUCCCCCCCUGGCGCCACCUGCAGUCGUCACCGGAGAAAUACUGUCCGCCUAUGUAUGUUAUUUGCACAGAGGUCUUUUUCCCGUCAUUCGAACCGAGAUGGAGGUUUUGAGUCCCAUCACGGGUUGAUGAAAGUCACCUAUAAAAUAGGGAUGGCCAGGCUCUGAUGAGAGAGAAAAUGAUACCAAAAUCCAAGGAUUCAUCAGUGGUUUAAGCCCUCCACGAAUUCUUCUUGUUUGCUCCCAGCCGCUCUUUACUCUGCCAAGGCCCCGUAAUCAAUCAACUUGUGUCACAAACAUCUUACUUCGCCAACAUGCGUUUCUCCAGCAUCUUCAGCGUCCUGGCGACAGCAGCCAUGGCUUCGGCCGCGCAGUUGCAACAAGUCACCAACUGGGGGGACAACCCUACCAACAUCCAGAUGUUCAUCUAUGUGCCGGACCGCGUGGCCGCUAAUCCAGCUAUUAUCGUUGCUCUUCACCCCUGCGGUGGCAGUGCCCGCCAAUGGUUCAGCGGCACACGCCUGCCGUCGUACGCGGACCAGAACGGCUUCAUCUUGAUCUACGCCGGCACCCCCAACCAGUCCAACUGCUGGGACGUGCAGAACCCAGCCUCUCUCACGCACGGGCAGGGCGGCGACGCCAAGGGCAUCGUGGCCAUGGUCAACUACACGCUCAACCGGUACAACGGCAACAAGGACAAGGUGUACGUGAUGGGAUCGUCCUCGGGGGCCAUGAUGACCAACGUGAUGGCGGGAUCGUACCCGGACGUGUUCGAGGCCGGAGCGGCGUACAGCGGGACGGCGCACGCCUGCUUCGCCGGAGCCGCAGGCGCGACGCCCUUCUCGGCCAACCAGACGUGCGCGCAAGGCCUGACGCACACGCCGCAGCAGUGGGGCGACUUUGUCCGCAACUCGUACCCGGGCUACACGGGCCGGCGGCCGCGCAUGCAGAUCUGGCACGGCAACGCCGACACCCUGGUCAGGCCCGCCUGCGCCCACGAGACCCUCAAGCAGUGGAGCAACGUGCUCGGCGUAACCGUCUCCCGCAACGUCACGGGCGUGCCCUCGGCUCAGUACACUCAGACCAUCUACGGAGACGGCACCAAGCUGCAGGGGUUCUUUGGCAACGGUGUCGGGCACACGGCGCCGGUCAACGAGGACUUGAUGCUUAGGUUCUUUGGGCUGAUUGCGUAAAAAAGGAUUGUGAGGGGAGAGAGAGAGAGCGGAAAAGGGAGAGAGAAACUCAGUUGUACAUAAGGGGUGUGUCAUGAGGGAAGCAACAUGCCUUUGGUUAGUAUUUGCAAAGGGGUGAGAAAAUGAGAAGAUGCGAUUCGCAAGGAAAAAGUUCUUUCUUCUUCCUGUAAAUACAUGGCUUUAUUUACUCUUUUGGCUUGAGCCGAGAGAUUUUUUUUUUUGGUUGGUGAAAAAUUGAAAAGGAUACCUUGAGGUGUUGAGUCGUGAAUGGGAAAGGAAGGGGAAAAAAAAAGUCCCAAAUUCGGUUUGCUUCGGUGGUCAUUUACGGUACUUACCCCAUGGGGCGAGCGGCUUACUCGGUUCCUGUUCGCCAAGCUCGUGCCAUGCGCCAACCGCUAAGCAACCUGACACCUUUCACGUCAUUCAGCAGCGUUUUGCUUAGUUGAGCCCAACCUUAAUAGACUCACUGCCUCGGGUCUGAGUCUUUUUUAUUUAUUUUACUGCAUCACCGUUGCUUAUCUCAAAACAUGAAGCUAUACUAAGUGAAUUAUUAUUUUACUUUAUAUACCAAAGCAUCUUGGUUUGUCGUACACGUUGUGUGAACUUUUGUUCAUUCUUCAUCGGCUACAAUUGCGUGGUCGGUCGACGGGUCGAUCUGCUGAUCUUCCUGUACCUCGGCAUCAGCGGCUCGCAUCACCAAAGGAGAAAAGUCACGGGCAAAGGGAGCAGGCCACCAUGGGAAACAUCACGGUCGCCACACGGCGUAUCGCUGGGAGGAGGACUCACAAAUGCACAAUACCAACCACUACACAUAAUUCACCUUUACCAUUAUCAUCAUCAUCAUUGUCAUCGCCAUUAUUAUCGUCAGCAUCAUCACACCCGCAGCAAAGCCGUAAUGCCUCCACAUCUACAUCCACUUCCGCAUCCUCAGCACCACCACCACCCCCCUCCACUAUCAAACAUACCUCUACCACUACCGGCACACCCCGCCGUCCAAAAACAGCAAUAUUCUUCCCCGGCCAGGGCGUACAGAAAGUAGGCAUGCUGACGCCCUGGCUGGAAAAUUUUCCCUCAACCGCCCGGCCCAUAAUCCAAGAGAUCGACGACUGCCUGGGCUACAAGCUCUCGGACAUCAUCCGGGACGGGCCCAACAAGCUCCUGACGGCCACCCCUCACGCUCAGCCCGCCAUCAUGGCCACGUCGAUCCUGAUCCUCCGCGUGCUGGAGCGCGACUUUGGCUUCUCCCCGCUGGAGCACAAGGUCGACUUUGUGCUGGGCCACUCCCUGGGCGAGUUCGCCGCCCUGGUAGCGGGGGGAUACCUCACCUUUGCCGACAGCCUGCGUCUGGUGCAGCGGCGGGCCCAGGCCAUGGCGGCCGCCACCAAGGCGGCGCGCGAGGGGAGGCCAGACGUCGAGUACGGCAUGGUGGCCAUCGUCACGGAGCCCGAGUACCUGCCGCGGCUGGUGCAGGCGAUCCGCGAGUUCCUGGGCCACUCGAGCGAGGGCGCCAAGGCCGAGUCGUCAGCAUCGGCCGCUCCCAUCGAGCACGUCUCCAUCGCAAACGUCAACAGCAAAAACCAGAUCGUGCUGUCGGGCGAGCUGGGCCGCAUAAAGACCCUCGUGGCCCACGUGCGCCAGUUUUUGGGUCAUGACCCCCGAGCCGUCCGCCUAAACAGCGACAGCCCCUUCCACUCGCCCAUCAUGAGGCCGGCCGUCGCUGUGGUGCGUGACAUGCUGGCCGCCGGCGGCGAGGGCGGUGGCAUGGUCACUUUCCCGGCCAAGAUCCCCUGCGUCAGCAACAUCAGCGCCCGGCCCUUUGAGAGCGAGGCCCAGCUCAAGGACCUGCUCGCCCGUCAGUGCCUCGAGACCGUAAGGUGGUGGGACAGCAUACGGUACCUCGACCAGCGGGAAAAGGUGAGGCGCUGGAUUGGCAUCGGGCCCGGGAAGGUCGGAAGGAACCUGGUGGGCAAAGAGGUUGGAAUGCGAGGCAAGGGUGUCGUUAAGGGCGCUGGUGUUUGGGGGAUCACGGAGCCCAGCGAGGUCGAGGAGGUGCUGAGAGGCCUCGAGGAGACUGAGUUUGUUGUCGAUGAGCUGGACUGAGCUCCGCUCUCUGACUUACUUUUUUUUUUUUUUUUUUU